AUGCUCUCCAACGGAGGUUUCUAUCUUGGAAAAUUGUUGGCGAAGGUGGAGAGAAGAGAGGAGGUUGUGAAGAUACUGAAAGUGUUGUUGAAGAGACAUAAUAAUGUGUUGGAUAGACAGUUAUCGAGAAGUGAAUGCAGCGAACACGUGAUUGAGAUGUUCUUCGAGCGAAGUAACAAGAACCGACAGUUUGUGAUUGAUUUGUUCUCGAAUUCGAUUUGUAUUAGAGAACAAAUGGAGACCGAAAAGUUCAUCGAGCAACUCCUCGCCUGCUCUCUCCCCGAAAAACACCGAAUGCUCGCCGCCUUCUCCCAGACCGCAUGGGGCCGCGCGAAACUCCGAACGUCUGGAGCACUUGACGUCGUUAUUGAUGUCUUCUCAUCGUCGGAACAAAUUGAGGAGAAAGUCGCCGCUGUUUCAGCAUUCCGACACUUUGUACAUGACACUGCUGGAAUGAGACAUCUCAGUGAGAACUCGAUAUUUGUGAAUACGGUGGUGAGGGACGUGAAAAAGUAUGUGGAGGAGAAUCUGGCGGAAUGCGAGCCUGCGGUGGAUAUCGAUUUUGUGCAAAGACUCACAAAUGCUGAAAAUGGAUCUGGAGAUGGUGACAACGGAGCAACUCAUCAGAAUAUCGCUGAAUCUGUGGAUAGAUUGCAUAAAGACUUCUAUUCAAUGUGGUCAUACGACACACCACAGACGUCGCCAAGAAGAGCCCAAUCCGCUUCAAUGUCUCCACCAUACAAUGCGCCGUCGCCUAGCUAUAGUUUUCCAUCUUCAGUUUCUUCCAGUGCAGCGUCAUCGCCAGCACCAAGACGGCCAAGCGAAGGAAUUCUAGAUGAUUUGAGUGAUGUGGAGUCGGAUAAUGGGGAGGAAAAAGUGGAAAAGGAAGAUGUGACGGAGAAGAAAAAGAGACAAGAGAAGAGUAUAAUCGAAGGAGAACUAUGGCUCCUCACCUGGCUGGCUCAAGACGAUCACAACCUUCAAUUCCUUAUCCGUCCAGAUGUCGUCGACUGCGUUGUCUCCUAUCUCCGAUCCACCAGUUCUCCAGACUUCCGAACUUAUCGAGUGCUCCGUCGAAUGGCUACCCAUCGAACUCAUGUCUAUCGUCUUCUCGACCUGGAAUUCCAUGUCCGAAUCCUCACUGGUCUUUGUGCUUCGCCGUGUCGAAUGUUGAAAUACGCUAAGCCUUGUAAACAUUGUGACAAGUGUUCGGAGCAUGGAAGAGAAAUUCUUCGCGAGUUUGCGAGUCACGUGGAUAAUAGUUAUGGAGAUGCUCACAUCAAUUCACAGUUCACGAAAGAAGACUUUGUGCAUCGGACGAAAGCGGCGAUCGCUAAAAUUGUGUUGGUCAAGGAGAGAAUCCGUCUGGCGAAGGUGCCAGCAUUGACAGAGUUGUUUAAUGCGUUGGCUCAUGUCAUGAGCUCACCGGAUAACUUUCGAGAGUUGGGAAAAAUGACGACUUACGAGAAUGGGCCAUCUUUCGCGUCGCAGAUCGUUGGAGCCCUGUCGAUUCUGAUAAGUGGGCAGAAGAUUAAAGAACUCUGUGAAAACGACAUGUGGUACUUCCCGACCGAAGAAGGCGCAGGUGAAUGUGCUGUGGAGAAUGCUCCAGAAUCCGAAGAGCUCCUCCAUUUCAUAGAUGAGAAUGACAAGGAGAUCGUGGUGGCGCCAAUGAAAAAGAUCUGUGAAAAUAGUCACUAUUUCGAGGGAAUGUACUCAUCAGACUUUGUGGAGAAGACCGAGGGAAUCCGCACGUUUCAAGUACAAUCCGAAUCGUGUCCACCAGAAGAUUUUCGACUAUUCAUUCAUCUAUUGUCCACGUGUACAGCUGCAUGUACAGUAGUGUCGUCUGCUGAGCAAUGUGCCACGUUGUUAGCGCUAUCCGAUCAAUUCCUGUGCCCGACGAUUUCCAAGCAACUGUGUGCAGAUGAUGGACCAUUGAGAACUUAUCUGAAUGGACACAGUCUUCAUACAUUGUUACCGGUGGCAUUGGCUACAAAUGCGCAUCCAACACUCCUCGACACCGUCUACCUCACGCUCGUCCGUUUCUCGUCAUCUGAAGACGUGACGAAAGCAUUGGAAGCUAUCUGUGAGAAUUCUACAGUCGUCAACACAUUCGUCACAAGUUUACGCACUUUUUUGACAACGAAAUGUUAA